AUGGACCAGACCAUGGAUCCGAUUCAACAGGACAUGAGAGUUCUUCUCUUUAACUGGCUGCACGUUCGGUACGACAGAGACCAACUCAAGGCUCACAAGAGCCUUCAUCUGGGGCCCAUCAAGUAUCCUCACCCCCAAAAGCCUCUCAAGGCAGACAUCAAACCGACCAAAGAAGCCGAGCAGGCUGGUGACGGUAAAAAAGAUGAUAUCUACCAAACCAAGGUGCCAUUUGAAGCCAGUGGAAACCUUGAUUCCAACGCAUUCCUGGAACACGCAGCCAAGCUCCAGGUGGCUAACCAGAAGACGCCAACAAAGCCCCACUCGCCCACGUCAACGCGGCGUAUCAUUUUCUCUAAUCUGCCAUUCUGGUGGAAUGUCGAGCACGUAAUGUGUCUGGUUCACGGGGGACCGAUCGACCAGGUCCUGGUGUACACCAACGAGGUGCAUGUGGAUUUCAUUUUCGAAAAGGACUGCAUCGCGUACGGCGCCGCUUAUCCCUGGGGCAUUGACAUGGACGAUAGAAUCAUUGGGGUCAAAGUUAACUAUCCUGUGACAGAAGACAAGGCUCCAGCGACCUUGCACAAGGCUGGAAUGUCUCGUGUCGUGAGAGUCAAUUUCUAUGAAGACAAACCCGUGUCAUGGCUGCUAGAUCUGGUCGAUGUCGACAAGGUUGACCACGUCAUAUGCCACACUAGCCCAGACUUGAGCACCACGGUGUAUUACUUCUUGAAAAGCAUUUCCUAUGGUGUGAAAGUCUUUGAGUGGUUUCAGAAUAACUGGCCUAUGUCUGCCCCCGUGUUCCAAAAGGACCCGUGUGAGCUUGAGAAAGGGUUCCAUUACAGCAACUACCCCCGAACCCCGAUGUUUGGAGCCAAGAGACACAAAAUUCCGUCGGAGCUCGUCCCAGGGGAUGUGGGGUACAUUGAUCACGUCGUCGAGAUGGACAGGAAUGAUAGGUUCAUCGCGGGUGAGAUAGCCACAGGAAUUCGCCAAGGCUUCGAGGAUGCCAUUGACCACCAGGCCACUCAUCGUCAGGCUACUCCCCGGCCGCAGCAGGUUGACAGCAACGAAGGCAGCAACGGAGCCAGCAAUGAGAACAGCAGUGGAGGCGUGCCCCUCCAAGUCUCCGAGGAGACUCGUGCUGUUGAGGAAAACCGUGGUGCUGAGACUCGUGGUGCUGAGACUCGUGGUGCUGAGACUCGUGGUGCUGAGACUCGUGGUGCUGAGACUCGUGGUGCUGAGACUCGUGGUACUGAGACUCGUGAUGUUGAAACUCGUGGCGUUGAGGAGACUCAUGGCGAUGAAGGUGAGAGUGAGAGUGAGGCUACCAGGGAGAGUGACUGGAGCUCGAUUCCCUCCCCUAAGUUUUGA